GGAGGGGGAGGCGUGGGGCGCUCGCGGUGCGAGUGGAGGUCGGCGCCGACGCUCUCCUCCCUCGUGGUGGCGGCGGUGUUCGGCUUCAUCAACUGGCUGCUCUGGACGGGCAACGUGUGGUUCGUCUACAAGGAGACGGGCUGGCGCGCGCCGUCCCUGCGGCCCCUGCUGCGCCACGGCUCCGCGUUCUGCGCCUCCGAGCCGGACCUCGCCGCGUCCACCCGGAGGGGCGACCGCGGCGGCGGCGGCGGAGCCGCGGCAUCCUCGGCGAUCGGCGACCGCGACUUCGAGCGGGCCGCCGGCGACCACGUGCUGAUCGACCUGGGCGGGCAGCUGGGCACGAGCCCCAAGGCGCGGCUCCUGCAGCCGCAGGUGUCGUACCACGAGUACGACAACCCGUGCUACACGCACGGCGAGGACCCCCCGCUCGCGGAGGCCAGGGCGGCGGUGACGGCGGCGGCGGCGGGCCCGGCGGAACGCAAGGGCGACGCGCGGAUGAUGCUGGCCGAGGAGGUGCAGGAGGUCCUGUACCGGCGGCUGGGCGUGGCGGCUCUGCCGGCAGAGACGGUCGCGACGCUCGCCUCGCUGUCGCCCUCCUCGGUCGUCCUGUCGUUCUUCUCGACGACUUUCUGGACGCCGGCGGCGGCGGGGGGGGAGGGCACGGGGGCGGCCGGGCUGGCGCAGGCCACCGGGCGCCCCCCGCGGGCUCGGGGCGCGCGCCUCUCAACGGGACACAGCUUCUCGGCCGACGACGAAGACGAAGACGACGAGGACGACGGCGGUGACGAUGGCAAAGACAUCGACGGCACGCAGCGCCCCAAGAAGGUGUACGUGAGCAUCCCCAAGCUGGAGUGCCACGACGACGAUGACGAUGACGACGAAGACGUCGACGGGCACGGGAGCGGUGGCAGCGGCGGAAAACGCGCCCGACCGAAGAUCGUCCACCCUAGCGCCGUCCGGAAGGCGGACGGCGCGGAGGAGGCGAGCAAACGCGAUGCCGCUAUCAUCGACGACCUCAUCAAGAAGGGCUACCUCAUCGUGCAAAACGACGGGUGCGGCAAGAGCGGCGGCGACGACGACGAUGGCGCGGGAGGUCGCCAAACCCGCCUGCGGAGACAGCACCCCAUCGCCAAGAGGAAGUACGCGAGCGGCGGGAGCCAGAGGUCCGCGCUGGGCCGCCAGAGCCUGGACGCCGGCGGCAGCAGGUUCUACUGCGACGACGGCGACGGCGGCCUAGCCGACCCGCACGAAGCGCGGGCCAGGAAAAUUCACGUGAGCGUGCAGCGGCGCCGCUCGACGGGCGCGCGCAGCCUCAACGACGUCGACUUCGACGACGAGGGCAGCCGGGAGGUCGGCUCCUACGGGGGCGACGCCGGGGGCGGCGUCAGCAGCGCCGAGGAGAUCAUGGUAUCCUGCGGUUGGGGCUCACGGCGCGGCGGCGGCUCCGGCAUCGGCGGUGGCGGCGGCUCCGGCAUCGGCGGUGGCGGCGGCUCCGGCAUCGGUGGCGGCGGUGGCGGCGUCGCGGUCGUGAAGGCGGUGCGGCCGGCGUCUCCGACGCGGAGGUCCAGCGCGACUCUGUCUCGGCCGCGCUGGGCCGAGAGCCGCAGCUGCAACUCAACCGACACGCUCAGGGUGGACGCGGCCACGUGCGCGGGCUCGUCAGGCGGGUCCAUGAGGCUCAAAAGCCCCGAGCGAGCCUGGGGUGAGCGUCGGGCAAGCUCCGUGCGUCACCACCACGCGGCGGCCGGCGCCGGGACGGAGCGUUUUAAAGGCGAGGCCGGCGGGGACCCGGGGAAGGUCGACAGACGGGCGGGGAAGAGAGGGCGGCGCCGGCGCCGGCGCCGACGGCGGCGGCGUUGA